ACGAUGUUUUUGACUUCAGUCGUGACGUGACUGAUAAUGACGUUUAUUUAUUUAUUGUUGUGAUUAUUUAAAAGCUGGAAAUCUCAUAAAAGCUCGUAAAAUAUUAGUCUGAAUAUGUCUUAUAGCCUAAGUAUAAAAAAAUGCGUGAACUUAACAAUGAAAAUAAAGUGAUAAAGAAGCGCCUACGUAAUUUACAAAAGAGAGCAAUUGAGAGGGGCUUAGAUGGGGUGCUGUUGAAGCAAUAUGAAUAUAUUUGUAAUUUUUCUCAUGAAAUCGAAACUAAGAGGACCAAUAAGAAGCUUAUUGCCGGAAUUAUAUCGGCUUUCAUAAUAUUAGUGCUAAGCGUUAGCUUUUUAAACAGUAUUUUAAGUGCCAGAUGUCUAUUACCUAGUAAUUACUUAGUGUGGGAGGCGACGCGGCCACUCGCCGAUUGUAGCUAUUGUGAGAAUGUUACGAAACCAAUUAUAUUGUGGAACGUCACGCGGCAAGAAUUUGCUAAUUAUGCUUACACACCAAGGCCUAUAAUAGUUAAGAAUGCGAUCAAAAACUGGAGAGCAACCAAAGAGUUUAGUUAUAAUAUGUUUAAGAGGCUGUAUGAGCAAACUGAAGGCAGCUAUGAGAGUUUAGAGGAGGGAUGUCAGUUUCUGAACUUUAAGACAGAUCUGUUUAGUUUGAGAGAGGUGUUUAGUAUGCCUGAGGCUAGGGCCAGGAAUGAGGAUGGCCAGAAGCCAUGGUAUGUGGGAUGGGGUAACUGCCAUCCAGACAUACUGGCUAAAGUAAGACAGUAUUACAGCAUUCCAGAGUUUUUGCCUGAAGAUGCUGAGUUUCCAGCCACUGAAAAUGUAUUCUUUGGAUUUGAAAUUGGAGCUGUGAUGCAUUUGGACUAUAUACCAAGAUUGAUGUGGCAAGGCCAGGUGCAGGGUAAGAAGAUAUGGACCGUGGCUCCAGUGCCAGAGUGUGACCAUUUGUGUAAUAUGUUCCAUUAUUAUGUGGAGCCAGGCGAUGUUGUUCUAUUGGACACUCGCAUUUGGUACCACGCCACAAGUAUUCCCAAAGGACAAUUCUCUCUGACUGUACAAUCAGAGUAUGGAUAAAAUAAUAUUAUAACAGUGCCAAGACUUAGUACAAAAGUGUUCUUCACAUAUCGAGAUGCCAAAUUAAAUUAUACAUUAAUUAAUUUAUAUGUAUUUGAUAAACUUUGAUAAUUAUAUUUAAUGUAUUUAUGUGCCAUUUGUAAGUAGUGCAACUAUAUUUAGCAUUAGUUUAUGCAAUAUUUUGUUUUUACACUUGUAACUAUUUAUUGUAUACUUUGUGUUUUACAUUUUUAUAAAACAUUUUAAUGUU